AUGGAAGAUCAAAACCUGAACCUACCUGCUGCCAUGUCACCAAGUUCAACCCAUGACGGGUCAGAAACCAUCAACAACAACAACAACAACCCUGUUACAACUGAAGUUGCUAGAGUUGUUGAUGUUGGUUCAGACACCGGAGCACAGUCUGAACCUGUAGGUUCAAACUUUCCUCCGGUGAAAAGGGGGCGUGGAAGACCUCGGAAGGUUCGUGAGAACCAACCGUCUCCAGUACCAGUGACACCAGUACCGGAGCUUGUUAUUCAGCCUUUUGGAAGUGAGGAGAAGCGUGGAAGGGGACGUCCUCGUGGUACUGGAAAACUUCAGAUUUUAGCUUCAAUUGGUGGGUUUGUUGCUGAAACAGCUGGAGGAAGUAUCACACCUCAUGUGCUGACUGUUAACCCGGGAGAGGACGUGGUUGCAAAAAUAUUUACAUUUUUUCAAAAUGCUCCUCGAGUUGCUACUUGUGUACUCUCUGCUGCUGGCACUGUAUCAAGUGUUGUCCUUCGCCAACCUAAUGUUUCUGGUGGUUUUUUAAGAUAUGAGGGUCAGUUUGAUAUUUUAUCAUUGCGUGGAUCAUGCACCUUCACUACUGGUGCUGCUGCUGGUGGUACACAGAGAAAAAUUAGCAUGCUGAGUGUUUCAUUAUCUAAAUCUGAUGGAAGAAUUUUCGGAGGUGUUAUCGAGAACUCAAUGAUAGCUGCUACUCCUAUUCCGCUGAUUAUGGCAACUUUCAAGCAAAACAUAAGUAGCCAAAUCAAGAGAAAAUGCUCAUCUCCACCGUCAACUGCUCCUAACAUGCUGCCUAACUUGAAAGUUCCCAAGUUAACUGUAGAACAAGGAGAACCUAGCUACCAAACUGGAAAUGCAACAGCAAAUUCUAAUGGUGUAGCAGUAGCAGAUAUGAACGUGGUAGCAGCUGAAACAACUAAUGCUGUGUCAGUGUCAGAAAAUGUCACUACUUAUGCUGAUGAAAAUGUUCAUUCUGAUUCUGUUGGAGGUGGUGGUGGUCUUGGUAUUGACCUUGAGAGUCAAGAGCCUGAAACAGACCAUAAAACAUCUCCUUAA